GGCUCAGGCAGCCUGGCGUGCCGCCCCGCCCCCAGGCCGCCUCCAUGGCGGGCACCAGGCGCGGGCGCUGAGACUCCCCCAGACGCCGUGCGCGGGCUGGGCGCAGGUGCUGCGGCGAUGGCGGAGGCGGCGGCGCGGCCCUCCGGGGACCUCCUGCCGGCACGAGAAGUGACUCCCUGCAGACUCGCCAGCUACCACAGGGACGACAUGUACCUCGCGGCCAGGAAUCCAGCAGAGGACGAAGAGUUCGACAGGCACCAGGGGCCGUGGAUCCACAGCGACCAGGGCCAGAUGGUGUUCGGCGUGUCCAUCGUCCUGAACGCCCUCGUGAUCGGCCUGCACGUGGAGGCCGAGCUGAUCUGGGGCUCAAAGUCGACCGUGGUCCUCGGCCUCUACUUCAUCCAGUGUGGGUUCGUCUUCGCGUUUGUCGUCGAGAUGUCUCUCCACCUCCUCGCCGACGGCCUGACCGGCUUCCUGUGGAAGCCGGUGCGCACGUUGAGGGGCGUUCAGGACGCGUUCCGGUGGGACAAUUUUUUUGACAUUUGCGUGGUUUUGAUCGGUGUCGUGGACCUUUGGGUGAUCGCGCCGCUAACCCGCAUCGCAAACGAUCAGUCAACCGACGGCCUUGACGCCAUGACCGUGUUCCGUAUCCUGCAGCUGCUCCGGUUGGUGCGCAUUGUGCGUUUGCUCAAGGUGUCCAAGGAUUUGCAGCUGCUCGUCGCAGGUUUCACAAGGGCGCUUCGCUCCGUCUUUUGGAUCUUCGUGCUCCUGCUGGUGGUGAUUUACAUAGGCGCCCUCAUCUGCGCGGCGAUGCUCGGGAAUAACGAAGACCCGACCUUGAGUGGCUACUUCAGCUCAGUCUGGGUCAGCAUGUACUCCCACUUCAAGCUGAUGACGUUGGAGGCGUGGCCGGACAUCAACGACGCGGCUAUGGAGCACAGCAGCGCUUUGUGGGUCCUGUAUUUCGUUGUCUACAUCAUCAUCACGAACAUGGCCUUGCUGAAUUUGGUGAUCGGUCUGAUCAUGGACGGCGUUGUGCAGAAUGCGAAGACCGGAGACGAGGACGGAGACGUGCUGAAGGCGAUAGAGGCGCAGCCGUUCCAGGGCCUGCUGCGCGACCAGGUCGUGCGCCGCAUCGGCGCGUGCACCGAGACGUUUUGCCAGCAGUGCGACCAGCCGCACCUCUUCCUAACCAGGGAGCAGUUCAUGCAGGUGCUGCCCGAUCCGCUGUUCCAGCAGCUUCUGAGCAUCUACGGCAUCGAGCUACAGGUGCCACCCGACAAGGCGUUCGACCUCCUCGACAUGCACCAGGCGGGCGUGGUCUCUGUGGAGGAGCUCUCCAGCGCGCUGCUGCGGCUCCGUGGCUCCAGGGACCACGCGCACCCGCUCACGGUGCAGGCGGACCUCGCGGUCCAGAUGCGCGGCUUCGACGACAAGGUCACCAGCUGCAUCGCCCACCUCUGCGACGACUACAAGGGCAAGGUCCACCUUGUCGAGCAGUCGCUGGCGCGCGGGCUGCACAGGAUAGAGCAGCUGUCGGAGGAGCUCGUCUCCCAAGGAGCGGUUGCGCACGAGGCGGAGGCGGCGCCGCUGGGGUCGCCCGCCGAGGCCCUGAAGGUGCCGCUGGAGGACAAGUAUGUCCUGGCCUUGCUGCAUCAGGCCGCGUCCAGGACACGCUGCGCGAUCGCUGCGCUGGAGCGUGCCGAGUCAGCGCUGCAGCAGUCCCGCGCCCGCGAGGACGCCCUGGAGCGCCAGGUCGCCCUGCUGGAGCGCUCCCGAUGGACGCAGACGCAGGGCGACAGCGGUGGGUGCGGCCCCGCGCUCGCCCGCGCCGAUGACGCCACGACCUGCGCAGCUCCGAAGGCGGGACCCGCCCGUGCCUGCGCGGUGGUGGCUGCCCCUCCAGACAGAGGCCCGAAGCCUGCGGGAAGCGAGUCCGGUUCCGCCCCGGACUCGGCGGGUCCGCCUCUGCCGCCGCCGUUGGAGCCUCCCCCCUCCGCGGUGGUCGCGCACGCGCCCGCGCACGCCGAAGGGGGCACCUGAGGGCGCUCGGCAGCCCGGCGCAGGCCCUCGCGCGCAAUAGAGCGUGCGGGCUUCGCGCCCCACCACCCAGCCGCGGAAUGCAGGCCAAUGCACGCGGUGCCGCGUCGCUCACGGAGGCCACGAGGCCACCACCCGCGCGCCCCGCAGGGGAGUGCGCCAGCGUCUCCUCCGCCGCGGCCCCAGCUACGCCCCACUGGCACAGGCCGCUCAGGCUUCGCCGUGCGCUCACCGAUCAGCUCCGCAGGCAGAAAAAGAAAGAGAACAAGCAAAAGCACACUGAAUUGUUGCGUCGGCGGCGCUAGCGGCGAGGCCCAAUCGGGAAUGCCGUUGUGGCGAAUUGUGCCACCAUGCAG